GCACAAGGGAGAGAUCCGUUAAGUCUAAGGAAGAGGAGACUGCUGGUUUUGGGGGAUAGACUCUGGUGAUCAUUACUGACUGUCUCCUCUUCUGUAAUGAGAUGGACUUGCAGGGGAAGGACUCUGUCAAUUUCUGAAGUCUUCAAGCCACAAACAGCCCCAAAUGGCCUCCCAGGAAUUUCAUAAUACAGGACUGGGGACCUCACCAGGCAGACACAUGAAGCCAGAGGAGACCCAUGAUUCUGUUUACCGACCCUUGGAUGAGAUACACCAUGUUCAAAGAGGAGUACUGCAAGCCCUUGGGGCCAUCCAGAUCCUGAAUGGAAUACUGAUUCUAGCUCUGGGUAUUUUUUUGGUUUGUUUAAAACAGUUGUCCCACCACUUCAUCAAUUUCUUCUUCUUCACCUUCUACACAGGCUACCCACUCUGGGGUGCUGUGUUUUUCAUCACCUCAGGAUCUUUGAGUGUUGCAGCAGGGAGAAGCCCCACAAGAACGCUGAUGCAAAACAGUUUUGGGAUGAACAUUGCCAGCACGAUGAUUGCAUUUGUUGGGACUGCUUUCCUUUCUGUACAUUUGGCACUCAAUACCCUGGCUUUCAGAGCUUGCCGGUCUUCACAGUCACCUGAUAUUUGCAUUUUCCUGGGUUCCUCAUCAAAUGGCCUGGUGUCUUUAAUGCUGAUUUUCACCCUGCUGGAGCUGGCCCUGACCAUUUCGCUCUCAGUCAUGUGGUGCCUAGGAAAUGUUUGUGGUUUAAGAGAGGAGAUCAGUUCUUCACCUCCUAAUUCUGUGGAGUCAGGAAUACCCCCUGAAGAAAGCGAUUCUGAGAACCUGAUCACCCAGCCUCAAACCAUCGAAGAGUGAGAAUUUCAUUGAGAACUCAGGAGGGCAUAAACAGAUGAAAUACAGUCCUUCUGUCGUGGAAAUAUUCACAAGAAAGCUGGCAUCUGUCCCAAUUCUCCCCAUCCUCCCUGUAAAUCCACUAGCACGGUCUAGAUCUAGAAGAAUAAAUACAUUUCCUUAGGUGUUCUUGGA